UCCUUCUCUGCACCUCUUUUUCUAUACUGGACAUUUAAAGGGGGGGGGGGCGGUGAGAGGGGAGUGUCUUGAUUGUAAGGACCACGAAAGCAAAGAGACAGAGAGUGUCACUCGGAGAUUCAUUGUUUUUGGGGCUGAAAUCAAUAGCGUGAGGUGCGGCUGACAGAAGUGGCCGCUACAAUGGGCUUCCUGCUUGUGUUCGUCACCCUCCUGCACCUCAUAACACUUACCAUUUUAUUUAUUGCCACCACUGAAAAGUCCUGGUGGGUGUGGAACGUCGAGGAGAACUCAGACCUCUGGUAUCACUGCAAGCUCGACAACAUGACAGGAGCCUGGCUGUGCACGUCUUCCAAGGAAAGCGAGUGGCUACACGCCGUGCAGGCCCUCAUGGUCCUCGCUGUCAUCUUCUCCUCUGUUGCUUUUUUGAUCUUUCUUGCCCAGCUCUUCAAGAUGUCCAAAGGAGGCCUCUUUUACAUCACUGGACUAUGCCAGGUCUUUGCAGGCCUCACAGACUUUUCGGCUAUGAUCAUCUACACCCUGCACCGCAGCGAAAUCCUGCAGGAUCCCAGCAAGCGACUGUCCGGUUCCUACGGGUACUGCUACGUGCUGGGCUGGCUCUGUGUGCCCAUGCUGCUGGCCAGCGCCAUCAUCUAUUUCCACCUGCGCAAGAAGGAGUGACGCGAGCUCCCAUCGGUGCCUGACCCGUGCAUCUUUCUCAUUGCUGAGCGUUAAUGGGGCUGCCCAAGUUCGUGAUUGAAUGAAAACUCACAGAAACUCACAUUGCUAUAUACAUCAUAUUUUAUAACAGCAUGAACAGAAAACCCAUCUUGCUUCGAUUUCAAAGUUUCCAAAGAAUUCCCCUAUCAAGUAAAAUCAAAUUUUAUACUGAAAUUUAAAAUGCUAUUAAUGAAUAACAACGAGAUGAAGAAUGACAGUACUUUUCUAUCAGCGUAUUAAGAUAAUAGCACGCUUCACAUUUGAUAUAUAACAUAAAAGGUCCUCAAUCGUUUCCUUGAGGACUCCCCAGCCAUUCCAUACAGUGGACAUAUUUUCACUUUGGCGUUGAGCAGUUCAGUGAAUUAUGAGCUUGGAGUUUAGAUUAACUCUUCUCUUUCAGCUUAGCCGAACUCACUUCAUUACAUUACAGCUUACAACAGAAGAUAUCUUGUAGCUGAAAAUUUCGGACACUGACUGGACAGAAUGUUUGCUACUUAAACAUAUAAUUAUAAUAUUCUCCAUAUUUAAACAAGCUUCAAUUGCAAAUAGAUGGGUGACAAUGUAAUUAAAUGUUUCCAGAUAGUAUUUGUAUGUCAAUAGCUUUUACUCUUUGUAUUUUUUGUAUAUCAAUAGCUUCUACAUGUUUAUUGUUUGCAUAUGCUAUAUCCAUUAUAGUAUUUUGAAAACUUAAAUCUAUUGGCAGAGAGAUUUAAAUGACAAUGUUAAAUAUUAAACAGAUGAACCGACUCUUAUUUUUCAUACAUCUGCUGCACAAAGACAUUCAGUAGAUUAAGGAACCAGCAAUAAACAAAGAAACAAGCAAAUCUUAUUCUAAAAUAAAUAUAUACAUAUUUUGGA